AUCAGUCCUCUGGAAACGAAAGUGUUUCUCUUUCAGCUGAGACACCGUUAUGUUGCUGUUGGGAGAAAAUAAUAAUAAAAACUCCAACUCCAGGCGGAACCGGUGAGAUUAAUGAAGCCCAGCAUGGAGUGCUGAGUAAAAGAGUGAAAUUCAUUCAAUUCAAGAGUAAUCCAAAAUAUCAGCGUCUUCAGCAGUCGGCAGUGUGUCCAUGAGCUGUGUCCACACAUGAUUAUUAAAAAAUGGAGAGCUAUCCUCUCCACACAGAUGAUGCAACCGGACCCUCAACAGAUAAACUCAAGAGAAAGAGACCAGACUCACCAGAACCCAGCUGUGUCUCCAUGAAGAGUGAUGGGUCUAUGCGUCUUCCUUUGCUAUUUAAAAAUAUAAUCUCUUCAUCUUUACCCAGUGAACUCCAGAUGAUGAGAUCAGACUCACCAGAACCCAGCUGUGUCUCCAUGAAGAGUGAUGCGUCUAUGCGUCUUCCUUUGCAGUUUAACACUGGGAACCCCUCAUCUGUCCCCAGGAAACUCCAGAGAAAGAGAUCAGACUCACCAGAACCCAGCUGUGUCUCCAUGAAGAGUGAUGCGUCUAUGCGUCUUCCUUUGCAGUUUAACACUGGGAACCCCUCAUCUGUCCACAGUGAACUCAAGAGAAAGAGAUCAGACUCACCAGAACCCAGCUGUGUCUCCAUGAAGAGUGAUGCGUCUAUGCGUCUUCCUUUGCAGUUUAACACUGGGAACCCCUCAUCUGUCCCCAGUAAACUCCAGAGAAAGAGAUCAGACUCACCAGAACCCAGCUGUGUCUCCAUGAAGAGUGAUGGGUCUAUGCAUCUUCCUUUGCUAUUUAAAAAUAGAAUCUCUUCAUCUUUACCCAGUGAACUCCAGAUGAAGAGAUCAGACCCACCAGAACCCAGCUGUGUCUCCAUGAAGAGUGAUGCGUCUAUGCGUCUUCCUUUGCGAUUUAACACUGGAAACCCCUCAUCUGUCCGCAGUGUUUUACAGACGGCAGGAGGCAGAAGAAAAAAGAUCACAGAUCGAGGACACGCCCCAAAAUCUGCUGCUGGAAAUGAAGUCCAGAAAAAGUUCAGAUUAAAUCUGAUGAAGAAGUUUCAGUGUUUAAAUGGAGUGAUAAUAAAGCAGGAAAACCGAGUGCUCCUGAAUGAGAUCUACACAGAGCUCUACAUCACAGAGGGAGACAGUGGAGACGUCAAUAAAGAACAUGAGGUGAGACGGAUCGAGGCAGCGUCCAGGAGAAAAACAACAAAGGAAACACCAAUCAAAUGCAACGACAUCUUUAAGCCCUUAUCUGAAGAAGACAAACCCAUCAGAACUGUAGUGACGAAGGGAGUGGCUGGUAUCGGAAAAACAGUCUCUGUGCAGAAGUUCAUUGUGGACUGGGCUGAAGGGAAAGCAAAUCAGGACGUCCACCUCAUAUUUCCACUUCCUUUCAGAGAGCUGAAUCUGAUGAAGGACCAAAAACUGAGUCUGAUGGAGCUCCGUCAUGUCUGUUUUAAGGAAACUAAAGAAACAGAAAUGUCCAGGUUGGAAAAGGUUCUGUUCAUUUUUGAUGGAUUGGACGAGUGUCGUUUCCCUCUGGAUUUCCAGAACACAGUGAGAGUGUGUGAUAUAACUGAAUCAGCAUCAGUGCAUGUGCUGCUGAUAAACCUGAUCAAAGGGAAUCUGCUUCCCUCUGCUCUCAUCUGGGUCACCUCCCGACCAGCAGCAGCUGAUCAAAUCCCCUCUGAGUACGUCCACCGAGUCACAGAGGUACGAGGGUUCAAUGACCCCCAGAAGGAGGAGUACUUCAGGAAGAGGGUCAGUGAUCAGAGCCUGGCUGAGAACAUCAUCACACACCUGAAAUCACUAGGAAGCCUCUAUAUCAUGUGCCACAUCCCAGUCUUCUGCUGGAUUUCAGCCGCUGUUCUCGAGAGAAUGUUGGGUGAAGCAGAGAGUGGAGAGAUCCCCAAGACUCUGACUCAAAUGUACACACACUUCCUCAUCAUUCAGACAAACAUCAUCAGAGGAAAGUACUCAAAGAAGCAGGAGAGUGAUGAAGAAAUGCUUCUCAAACUGGGAAAACUGGCUUUUCAGCAGCUGGAGAAAGGCAACCUGAUCUUCUAUGAGGAAGACCUGAGAGAGUGUGGCAUUGAUGUGACAGAAGCAGCAGUGUACUCAGGUGUGUGUACGCAGAUCUUCAGAGAGGAGGUUGUGCUUCACCAGAGUAAAGUGUACUGCUUUGUUCAUCUGAGCGUUCAGGAGCAUCUCGCAGCUCUGUAUGUGCAUCUGACGUUCAUGAAGGAAAAGAGAAAUGUUCUUGUUCCGAGUCGAUCCAAAACAAAUUCAGAUGUACACAAAAGUGCUAUAGAUCAGACCUUAAAAAGUCAGACUGGACAUCUGGAUCUGUUCCUCCGCUUUCUUCUGGGUCUCUCACUGGAGUCCAAUCAGAAACUCUUACAUGCCUUAGUAACACAGACAGGAAGUAGCUCCCAGAGCAAAGAGGAAACAGUUCAGUACAUUAAGAAGAUGAUUAGUGGAGAUCUUCCUGCAGAAAAAUCCAUCAAUCUGUUCCACUGUCUGAAUGAACUGGGUGACGAUUCUCUAGUGGAGGAAAUCCAACACUAUCUGAAAUCUGGAGAACAAAGUGAACUCUCUCCUUCACAGUGGUCUGCUCUGGCGUUUGCGUUACUGACUUCAGCACAGGAGCUGGAGGAGCUUGACCUGAGUAAAUAUACCAGUACAGGGAAGAUACCAGACUGGGUUCUUGUGAGGAUGAUACCUGUGAUUGCAGCAUCCAGAAAAGCAAUGAUCAGUUGUGAUGCAAUUAAAGGGAGAAGCGCUGAAGCUCUGGUCUCAGUGCUCAACUCAGAAACCUCCAGUCUGAGAGAACUGCAUCUGACUGUGGAGACACUGGAUCUGACUGGGAAUAAACUAGAAGACUCAGGAGUGAAGCGUCUCUGUGCUCUACUGGAGAAUCCUCACUGUAAAGUGGAGACACUAUGGUUGUGUGGUUGUGGUGUCUCAGAUGAAGGCUGUGCUGCUCUGAGUUCAGCUCUGAGAUCAAACCCCUCACACCUGAGACAACUGGAUCUGUCCUUUAAUAAUCUGGGAGACUCAGGAGUGAAGCGUCUCUGUGCUGUACUGGAGAAUCCUCACUGUAAACUGGAGACACUGGGGUUGCAGGUGUGUGGUGUCUCAGAUGAAGGCUGUGCUGCUCUCGCUUCAGCUCUGAGAUCAAACCCCUCACACCUGAGAGAACUGGAUCUGUCUGAGAAUACAAUCAGAAACUCAGGAGAGAAGCUGCUCUCUGCUCUUAAGGAUGAUGAACGUUACAAACUACAGACAGUCAGGAUCAGUUGUGAUGCAAUUGAAGGGAGAAGCGCUGAAGCUCUGGUCUCAGUGCUCAACUCAGAAACCUCCAGUCUGAGAGAACUGCGUCUGACUGUGGAGACACUGGAUCUGACUGGGAAUAAACUAGAAGACUCAGGAGUGAAGCGUCUCUGUGCUGUACUGGAGAAUCCUCACUGUAAAGUGGAGACACUGUGGUUGCGGGGUUGUGGUGUCUCAGAUGAAGGCUGUGCUGCUCUGAGUUCAGCUCUGAGAUCAAACCCCUCACACCUGAGACAACUGGAUCUGUCCUGUAAUAAUCUGGGAGACUCAGGAGUGAAGCGUCUCUGUGCUGUACUGGAGAAUCCUCACUGUAAACUGGAGACACUGGGGUUGUGUGAUUGUGGUGUCUCAGAUGAAGGCUGUGCUGCUCUGAGUUCAGCUCUGAGAUCAAACCCCUCACACCUGAGACUCCUGGAUCUGACUGAUAAUAAUCUGGGAGACUCAGGAGUGAAGCGUCUCUGUGCUGUACUGGAGAAUCCUCACUGUAAACUGGAGACACUGUGGAUCAGUUGUGAUGCAAUUGAAGGGAGUAGUGCUGAAGCUCUGGUCUCAGUGCUCAACUCAGAAACCUCCAGUCUGAGAGAACUGCAUCUGACUGUGGAGACACUGGAUCUGUCUCAGAAUAAACUAGAAGACUCAGGAGUGAAGCGUCUCUGUGCUGUACUGGAGAAUCCUCACUGUAAAGUGGAGACACUGUGGUUGCGGGGUUGUGGUGUCUCAGAUGAAGGCUGUGCUGCUCUGAGUUCAGCUCUGAGAUCAAACCCCUCACACCUGAGACUCCUGGAUCUGUCUGAUAAUAAUCUGGGAGACUCAGGAGUGAAGCGUCUCUGUGCUGUACUGGAGAAUCCUCACUGUAAACUGGAGAUACUGGGGUUGUGUGGUUGUGGUGUCUCAGAUGAAGGCUGUGCUGCUCUGAGUUCAGCUCUGAGAUCAAACCCCUCACACCUGAGACUCCUGGAUCUGUCUGAUAAUGAUCUGGGAGACUCAGGAGUGAAGCGUCUCUGUGCUGUACUGGAGAAUCCUCACUGUAAAGUGGAGACACUGUGGUUGUGUGGUUGUGGUGUCUCAGAUGAAGGCUGUGCUGCUCUGAGUUCAGCUCUGAGAUCAAACCCCUCACACCUGAGACAACUGGAUCUGUCUGAUAAUAAUCUGGGAGACUCAGGAGUGAAGCGUCUCUGUGCUGUACUGGAGAAUCCUCACUGUAAACUGGAGACACUGGGGAUCAGUUGUGAUGCAAUUAAAGGGAGAAGUGCUAAAGCUCUGGUCUCAGUGCUCAACUCAGAAACCUCCAGUCUGAGAGAACUGCAUCUGACUGUGAAGACACUGGAUCUGUCUCGGAAUAAACUAGAAGACUCAGGAGUGAAGCGUCUCUGUGCUGUACUGGAGAAUCCUCCCUGUAAAGUGGAGACACUGUGGUUGUGUGGUUGUGGUGUCUCAGAUGAAGGCUGUGCUGCUCUGAGUUCAGCUCUGAGAUCAAACCCCUCACACCUGAGACAACUGGAUCUGUCUGAUAAUAAUCUGGGAGACUCAGGAGUGAAGCGUCUCUGUGCUGUACUGGAGAAUCCUCACUGUAAACUGGAGACACUGAGGUUGUGUGGUUGUGGUGUCUCAGAUGAAGGCUGUGCUGCUCUGAGUUCAGCUCUGAGAUCAAACCCCUCACACCUGAGAGAACUGGAUCUGUCCUUUAAUAAUCUGGGAGACUCAGGAGUGAAGCGUCUCUGUGCUGUACUGGAGAAUCCUCACUGUAAAGUGGAGAAACUGGAGUUGUGGGGUUGUGGUGUCUCAGAUGAAGGCUGUGCUGCUCUGAGUUCAGCUCUGAGAUCAAACCCCUCACACCUGAGAGAACUGGAUCUGUCCUAUAAUAAUCUGGGAGACUCAGGAGUGAAGCGUCUCUGUGCUGUACUGGAGAAUCCUCACUGUAAACUGGAGACACUGGGGAUCAGUUGUGAUGCAAUUGAAGGGAGUAGUGCUGAAGCUCUGGUCUCAGUGCUCAACUCAGAAACCUCCAGUCUGAGAGAACUGCAUCUGACUGUGGAGACACUGGAUCUGUCUCAGAAUAAACUAGAAGACUCAGGAGUGAAGCGUCUCUGUGCUGUACUGGAGAAUCCUCACUGUAAAGUGGAGACACUGUGGUUGUGUGAGUGUGGUGUCUCAGAUGAAGGCUGUGCUGCUCUGAGUUCAGCUCUGAGAUCAAACCCCUCACACCUGAGACAACUGGAUCUGUCUGAUAAUAAUCUGGGAGACUCAGGAGUGAAGCGUCUCUGUGCUGUACUGGAGAAUCCUCACUGUAAACUGGAGACACUGGGGUUGUGUGGUUGUGGUGUCUCAGAUGAAGGCUGUGCUGCUCUGAGUUCAGCUCUGAGAUCAAACCCCUCACACCUGAGAGAACUGGAUCUGUCUGAUAAUAAUCUGGGAGACUCAGGAGUGAAGCGUCUCUGUGCUGUACUGGAGAAUCCUCACUGUAAACUGGAGACACUGUGGAUCAGUUGUGAUGCAAUUGAAGGGAGUAGUGCUGAAGCUCUGGUCUCAGUGCUCAACUCAGAAACCUCCAGUCUGAGAGAACUGCAUCUGACUGUGGAGACACUGGAUCUGUCUCAGAAUAAACUAGAAGACUCAGGAGUGAAGCGUCUCUGUGCUGUACUGGAGAAUCCUCACUGUAAAGUGGAGACACUGUGGUUGUGUGGUUGUGGUGUCUCAGAUGAAGGCUGUGCUGCUCUGAGUUCAGCUCUGAGAUCAAACCCCUCACACCUGAGACAACUGGAUCUGUCUGAUAAUAAUCUGGGAGACUCAGGAGUGAAGCGUCUCUGUGCUGUACUGGAGAAUCCUCACUGUAAACUGGAGACACUGGGGUUGUGGGGUUGUGGUGUCUCAGAUGAAGGCUGUGCUGCUCUGAGUUCAGCUCUGAGAUCAAACCCCUCACACCUGAGAGAACUGGAUCUGUCCUAUAAUAAUCUGGGAGACUCAGGAGUGAAGCGUCUCUGUGCUGUACUGGAGAAUCCUCACUGUAAACUGGAGACACUGGGGUUGUGUGGUUGUGGUGUCUCAGAUGAAGGCUGUGCUGCUCUCGCUUCAGCUCUGAGAUCAAACCCCUCACACCUGAGAGAACUGAAUCUGUCUGGGAAUACAAUCAGAGACUCAGGAGAGAAGCUGCUCUCUGCUCUUAAGGAUGAUCAACGUUACAAACUACAGACACUCGGGAUCAGUUGUGAUGCAAUUAAAGGGAGAAGCGCUGAAGCUCUGGUCUCAGUGCUCAACUCAGAAACCUCCAGUCUGAGAGAACUGCAUCUGACUGUGGAGACACUGGAUCUGACUGGGAAUAAACUAGAAGCCUCAGGAGUGAAGCAUCUCUGUGCUCUACUGGAGAAUCCUCACUGUAAAGUGGAGACACUGUGGUUGUAUAAGUGUGGUGUUUCAGAUGAAGGCUGUGCUGCUCUGAGUUCAGCUCUGACAUCAAACCCCUCACACCUGACAGAACUGAAUCUGUCCUGUAAUAAUCUGGAAGACUCAGGAGUGAAGCGUCUCUGUGCUGUACUGGAGAAUCCUCACUGUAAACUGGAGAAACUGAGGUUAGAGCGGUGUGGUGUCUCAGAUGAAGGCUGUGCUGCUCUGAGUUCAGCUCUGAGAUCAAACCCCUCACACCUGAGAUACCUGGAUCUGAAUAAUAAUAAUCUGGGAGACUCAGGAGUGAAGCGUCUCUGUGCUGUACUGGAGAAUCCUCACUGUAAACUGGAGACACUGUGGUUGGAGCGGUGUGGUGUCUCAGAUAAAGGCUGUGCUGCUCUCGCUUCAGCUCUGAGAUCAAACCCCUCACACCUGAGAGUACUGGGUCUGUCUGGGAAUAAAAUCAGAGACUCAGGAAAGGAGCUGCUCUCUGCUCUUAAGGAUGAUGAACGUUACAAACUACAGACACUCAGUAUCAGAUGUGAUGCAAUUGAAGGGAGAAGCGCUGAAGCUCUGGUCUCAGUGCUCAACUCAGAAACCUCCAGGCUGAGAGAACUGCGUCUGACUGUGAAGACACUGGAUCUGACUGGGAAUAAACUAGAAGACUCAGGAGUGAAGCGUCUCUGUGCUCUACUGGAGAAUCCUCACUGUAAAGUGGAGACACUGGUGUUGGGUGGUUGUGGUGUCUCAGAUGAAGGCUGUGCUGCUCUGAGUUCAGCUCUGAGAUCAAACCCCUCACACCUGAGACACCUGGAUCUGUCCUUUAAUAAUCUGGGAGACUCAGGAGUGAAGCGUCUCUGUGCUGUACUGGAGAAUCCUCACUGUAAACUGGAGAAACUGGGGUUGCGGUGUUGUGGUGUCUCAGAUGAAGGCUGUGCUGCUCUCGCUUCAGCUCUGAGAUCAAACCCCUCACACCUGAGAGAACUGGAUCUGUCUGGGAAUAAAAUCAGAGACUCAGGAAAGGAGCUGCUCUCUGCUCUUAAGGAUGAUGAACGUUACAAACUACAGACACUCAUUAUCAGAUGUGAUGCAAUUAAAGGGAGAAGCGCUGAAGCUCUGGUCUCAGUGCUCAACUCAGAAACCUCCAGUCUGAGAGAACUGCAUCUGACUGUGAAGACACUGGAUCUGUCUCGGAAUAAACUAGAAGACUCAGGAGUGAAGCGUCUCUGUGCUGUACUGGAGAAUCCUCACUGUAAAGUGGAGACACUGGGGUUGUGUCGUUGUGGUGUCUCAGAUGGAGGCUGUGCUGCUCUCAGUUCAGCUCUGAGAUCAAACCCCUCACACCUGAGACAACUGAAUCUGUCCUUUAAUAAUCUGGGAGACUCAGGAGUGAAGCGUCUCUGUGCUGGACUGGAGAAUCCUCACUGUAAACUGGAGACACUGGGGUUGUGUGGUUGUGGUGUCUCAGAUGAAGGCUGUGCUGCUCUGAGUUCAGCUCUGAGAUCAAACCCCUCACACCUGAGACAACUGGAUCUGUCUCAGAAUAAUCUGGGAGACUCAGGAGUGAAGCGUCUCUGUGCUGUACUGGAGAAUCCUCACUGUAAACUGGAGACACUGGGGUUGUGUGGUUGUGGUGUCUCAGAUGAAGGCUGUGCUGCUCUCGCUUCAGCUUUGAGAUCAAACCCCUCACACCUGAGAGACCUGGAUCUGUCUGGGAAUAAAAUCAGAGACUCAGGAAAGGAGCUGCUCUCUGCUCUUAAGGAUGAUCAACGUUACAAACUACAGACUCUCACUAUCAGAUGUGAUGCACUUGAAGGGAGAAGCGCUGAAGCUCUGGUCUCAGUGCUCAACUCAGAAACCUCCAGUCUGAGAGAACUGCAUCUGACUGUGAAGACACUGAAUCUGACUGGGAAUAAACUAGAAGACUCAGGAGUGAAGCGUCUCUGUGCUGUACUGGAGAAUCCUCACUGUAAAGUGGAGACACUGGUGUUGCGUGGUUGUGGUGUCUCAGAUGAAGGCUGUGCUGCUCUGAGUUCAGCUCUGAGAUCAAACCCCUCACACCUGAGACAACUGAAUCUGUCCUAUAAUAAUAUCAGAGUCUCAGGAGUGAAGCGUCUCUGUGCUGUACUGGAGAAUCCUCACUGUAAACUGGAGACACUGGGGUUGUGUGGUUGUGGUGUCUCAGAUGAAGGCUGUGCUGCUCUGAGUUCAGCUCUGAGAUCAAACCCCUCACACCUGAGAGACCUGGAUCUUUCUGGUAAUAAUCUGGGAGACUCAGGAGUGAAGCGUCUCUGUGCUGGACUGGAGAAUCCUCACUGUAAACUGGAGACACUGGGGUUGUGUUAUUGUGGUGUCUCAGAUGAAGGCUGUGCUGCUCUGAGUUCAGCUCUGAGAUCAAACCCCUCACACCUGAGAGACCUGGAGCUGUCCUUUAAUAAUGAUCUGGGAGACUCAGGAGUGAAGCGUCUCUGUGCUGUACUGGAGAAUCCUCACUGUAAACUGGAGACACUGGGGUUGCGGUGUUGUGGUGUCUCAGAUGAAGGCUGUGCUGCUCUCGCUUCAGCUCUGAGAUCAAACCCCUCACACCUGAGAGAACUGGAUCUGUCUGGGAAUAAAAUCAGAGACUCAGGAGAGAAGCUGCUCUCUGCUCUUAAGGAUGAUGAACGUUACAAACUACAGACACUCGGGUUGUGGUGAACAUCUGUGUGUGAGAUGAAGACUCUGGUGUUCCUGCAUUUCCAUAUUGGGGAACAGACAACACAUUCAUAAACAUGUCAGUCAUUUAGUUCUAACACGUUGGUGGGAUUCUCACCUGACAGGAUCGGCAUUUGGGGAGUUAAUCUGAGGAAGCCCCGAGGAGACUCACUACAAGGCACAUUUAUCACUUUGUCUUUUGGAAUUUAAUAUACUCGCUGAUCACUUUAUUAGGAACACCUGUAUAAAUUGUAUAUUUAUUAACUCUCAAAUUGUGUAAAUUUAACAGAAUAUGUCAAGAUUAAAAGUGAAGUGUUAAAAUAUUCUUGCACACAUGUUAGGCUAAAUAUAAUGUUCCUAAAUAUUAAUAGUUACAGGAAAUUAAAUCUAUACUGAGGCGAUCUGUGACUUCAUUACAGAACUCGACUCUAAAGCUAUCCAAAACCCUCCCUCUCUCCGAGGUUCAGAUGUCACGCUCUGAGUAUAGAUUACAUCAGAGAAUCCGAGAUUGUGACGUCACUUACUCGCCACACGACUUACUGAAGCUAAGACCAAGCGGCUGUAUAUCGCUUCUAAACUGUUGUAAACAACCCUAAAGAUGACAGAGUGUCAAGUGUUUGGGUGUAGCAAUAAAUCCAAUCAGGGCGGUAAUUUCACCAGGGCCACAGCCCUCCUGCCCUCUCAAUUUGGCCUCGUGCCCUUGGAAAAAAGUAUCUGCCGUAAGGCCACAGUGGCCUUGAUGCCCUGCGGUUUUGCGCUUUUGUAGUCUGCCUCGUGACUGCCAAUAGGCUUUAACAUCACCUGCGUCUAUUGAGAAAAAAAUACGUCUUUUGAUGACAUUCUGGAUUCUUAUUGGGCAACUCAUCAGUGGUAGCUCGGACUCGAGCCUGGCAUGAACUGCUCAGACGUGCUAUAAUGACACCAAUCUAUCACCAGCCAACCAGGAGACUUAAUCAAACGCAUCCCUCGCCCACUUGUGUCCACGUCUGAGACGUUGAAUUUUUACAGAAGGAGGGAAGAAGUUGACUGAGGUAAGACUGUGUGAUAAAUUAAUGAAUGAAUAAGAGAGGAAUUUCAACAUAUAGGGCUUAAGUUUGUUACCGUUAAAUAAGCAUUGCUUGUACAGUAACGUUAUGUCGUUACAACGCUGACUCACUUUUAACGUGCCGAGUACCGACUGUAGCCGCUAACAAAUGCUAAUUAGCUUGCUGUCAAGUUUUUCCUUUGUCGAGCUUUAAGCGUAAGGUCAUGGAUGUUCCUACUGCUUGUUCCUGCCGUAAUAUGAUACGUGAUUUGUGCUGUUGUCUGUUCAUAGCCACUUUUUUAAUCUAUGCAGUUAGCAUUGUUUUGUUACUAGUAUUGUACGUUUCUUUUUGCUGUUUUAACCGAAGUGUAACUGCUGCCAUCUUGACGAGAUCACCAUCGCAAGAGAUUUUAUCUCAUUGUUUUUGGCGUCAUUACAACAUUAACAUUUACUUUUAUUCAUUUACCCCCAGUAAUAAUUAUGCCAAGCAAGCACAGACUUGUUUUGAGCCAAUCACAACAGGGCAGCACUGUGGCCUGAGGCAAAACAUGACAGUUUAAGUUUGUUUAAAUUACAAAAAUGAGUAACCCAAUGACUGUCUCAUAUACUCUUCAUAUACUCAUACUGUUUAAGUAAUACAAUAAAACUAAUCUUUAAAAGUGGUAUUUACUCAAACUGUUUGCAGAGAAUGAACUUUGGGGUUAACAGUGUAAUAGUGUUGCAGUGUUCUGCAAAUUUGCAAUUUAAUAUUUCAGAUCUUGAGACAUGAAAGUGCUAUUUUAAAAAAUAAAAGGUCAGAAAUG